AUGUUCACCAUACGAGCACCAGCAAAGCCUCUUGGCGUGUCCGAGUGCCUUGGCAUCCCGCAAGAUCCCUUACGUGGUCCAGUUCCCAUUACGUCUCUUCCGGGCUACUCAUUCUACGAACAUCAUGCCGAAGAUUGUAUAGUUCCCUCCUUCCCAUCCACCUUGAGCCACCACCACAGGCCGCACUGCCAGUGUCCAUGCUGUAUUGUACCGUGCGCCCCGCAUCAGAGCAAACAAGCUCGACGCCCGACCUAUAAUCUACCGUUGGUCCAAGAGAGCGAGCCACCGCUUCUAUUCCACCCCACAACGAAGGGCUCCCAGAUCAUCAUAGACCAAUCACAGAGGAACGUCACUAGAAGAGGGAGCUUCUGCAACGCCAUUGUCUUUUGCAACAGAUCUGUGUCGGUCAAUGAGGUGGUCCGGUUGAAGAUCACACAUACCCACCACGCUUGGCAAGGUGCUCUACGUAUUGGUUUUACAAGCCUAGAUCCGGCCAGGAUGAACCCCAAAUCCUUGCCCAAGUAUUCAUGUCCUGAUCUGGCUUCUCAGAGCAACUUCUGGGUCAAACCUUUGCCAGAAGCUCUUCUCUGCUCUGAGACAGUCAUCUCCUUUUGGGUGACCAGGAAGGGUCGGGUGCUCUACCGGAUCAAUGAAAGCAUCCCCAAGAGGUUGUUCAGACAAGUUAAUUCCUUUCUACCUUUGUGGGCUCUUGUUGAUGUCUACGGAAAGACCAAGGGAGUCCAGCUUCUCGACAGCGAGACCCUACCGCCGGACCUCUCAAAGAUUAGUUCUCUCACCCGCUGCCAAACUGUAGGGUCUAAUCGAAGACAACAAUUACCCCUGAUGGAGCUGUACGAAGAGGGUCAGGAUGAAGACGACGACGAGCACCAGUACAGUGACCACAUGCCCCAAAACUCCCAGAACCUACGGUUGUGUUCUGAGCUCCGAGAGUCCCAGGACAAUGAGCUGCACAUUCACGCCGUACACGGCGAGCACCUGCGCAUGACAGACCAUCACACGGUGGUAACGGUGGAUCACGAGGGCGAGGACAAAAUGCUUGUCUUCACCAGUCGACCUCUGGAGUGCUCGGAGAGCGUCUUUCUGAUGCUGCAUACUGUCGAACAGGCCUCGCUAAUAUACGGCGUGACAGCCUGUGACCCGGCCACACUGAAUUCCAGAGAUUUGCCCAACGACCCGACAUUGCUGCUGGGCCACGGGGAAUUCCGGGCUGUUGGCCUCGAGGCUGUGCCGCUGCUGGACGAAGACAUCUUGGGCUUUGAGGUGAACGCUGAAGGCGAGCUGAUCAUGAGCAUAAAUGGUGUAAACCAUGGGGUGCAGUUAUGCGUGGACAACUCCAGACCGCUCUGGAUGGUCUUCGCUCCCUCAAAAAACAUCACGCAACUCAAGAUUUUUGGUCUAUCUUCGCACUCUGAUGUCCAAGGCCUAGGGAGAUCACCCUCAUUCGCAACUACACCCACAGAGCCCAACGUGAUCCACAUCAGACACCUCAACUCCAGCCAGCCUUCCCCCGGAGAAACGGAGAAGAGUGCAUUGGCUUCCAGCCCGAGCUCUCCCAGUGCACUGCCGGCCACUGACGAUUGCGCCAUUUGCUGCGACGACACGGCCGACACGGCGCUGUACAACUGCGGACACCUGUGCCUGUGCUACAAAUGUGCCCUCAGGCUCAAGCAAGAUAAGGCGACGUGUCCCAUCUGUAGGAAGCCCAUCAAAGACAUUAUCAAGACCUACCGGGGCUCGUAG